CAAACAUUAUUCCAUCUGUGUUAAAAUACUCUUAAAGUAAAUAUUUACAUACAAUAGGGAUUGAUCCACGUACCCACAACAUUCUAGAUUGCUUUAUAGAGAGAGAAGGCGUGCAUGAUAUAUCAACUAUAGGUGCACUGUGUUCACAUACACGAGCGAGUAAGAUCAACUACAGUAGUACUACUUUCUUAAGAACUUACAAGUAUGUCGUUUGCGAGGUCACGAUCCCUUAGGAGAAAUAAAUCCUGGACAUCGAGGAUUUUCUGGCUGCUUGUGGCUGGAGGAUGUAUGUACAUCAUAGACUCCAUCUUCCUUAGUAACGGCAACCAGAAUCCAUCGUAUAUGAGAGAAAAGAUCAACGGAUAUUUGCCUGAUACACUUGUUAUUGAUGAGGAUAACGACGCCAUGUAUCGCGAUUUGCCACCCCAACCGAAAGAGUUUAUGGAAGCUAAUGGUGUGCGGAGGAAAGAUCACAAACCGCUGGUCGUGCUAUCGACAGGGGGGGGUCUUUGGAACACCGGUGUGUGGCCUGGGUGGGGGUCUGAGGAUCCUACCAGUGCCAAGCUAAACUGGGCUGCUGCGGGUGUGGUGGUAGAGAAGCAGUGCGAGUACACGUGCACGUUCACGCAUGAGAACUCGCCUGAGAAUCUGGAGGUGGCCGAUGCGGUGGUUAUGGAGUUGGUGAAUCACCCCAAGUUCUUGGGUAAGCAGGCUGCCAAAGAAAAGCCCAUCCCUUGGCCGCAAUCUCGCGGCAGGAAUACGCCGUUGGUCUAUAACUUCUUCUAUGAGCCUGUUGAACUAUACUACGACUAUACGACUCAUCCGGCGUUGCAGGCUCAUGUGCAUGCGUCUAUUGGUCCGUUGCAAGACACAACUCUUCCCAUCACGCUGCUGUGUCCAUGGGGAAGAGGAAAGGAUGCGUACAGCCACCCACCACCUGUUAAGCGCGUGGAUCGACCCAUCGCAUACUUCAAUGAACACGGCAUCGCUGCAGCGAACGAUCGGUUUGUGAAAGACUUUAUUAACCUCAUGGGCGACGAUCAAGUACACAGAUACAUACACAUGAAGAAUACUAACCUGCCCCCAGAAGCAGGUGUGCGUGUACAUGUGAGAGGAGGAGGGAUCGUAUGA